AUGGCCGGCCAGUUGGAAGCGUCGCGUCGUUUCUCGCGGCCGAGUAUAACCUUGUUUCGAGAGAAGGAAAAAGGCACGAUCGAGCGAAAAUCCAAUGAUCAAGGUCAUUUUCAGGGGGAACGCGGUCCCGACCACCGAGGAAAUUCACUUUUCCUCCCGGGACACAGGAAGCCGGCGGCGGCGCUUGGUAAUCCGUUUUCCUUGAUUUUUUACGCCGCGUUGUCGGCCAACGAUCCCGUCGAUUAACCGUUUCACGGUUCCACGACGAAAGUGGAUCGCUAAAUUUGUUAAGUCCACCGGGAGAAUUCUUUGUGACGGCGUGAUAAAAAAAAAAAAAAAAAAAAGCAGAAUCCCCUCUCGGAGGAAAUUUUUUUUUUUCCUUCGAACGAAAAGCAAACGAGAAAUUUAAUUUCGUUUUAGAACAUAAAAUUAAAAGAGAAAAAAAAAAUUCACUAAUUAUAGACGAUGUACGAAACAGAUAGAUAGGAUAAUGAUUAACGCAUAAUAAUGGGAUUAGCAAAGUAGUCAAAAUGGCCAUUUGAAUAUUUUAUACAGAUAUAGAACAAUGUAUUUUUGGAGACUCGAAUGAUUCUUCGUAAAAUGCAUAAAUAAAAGCUCGAGCAGCCUAUUGUAUUAUUUCUUUCAUUUCAAUGCAGUGGUUCCCAACCUUUUUUUACCCGUGUCCCUAACCUAA